CUCACAUUAGCUUGUCGCUUUUUGAAGUCCACUAAUCACAAAAAUGUCAAAAAUUCCUACAGAAGGUUUGUACUCGAUGUCUAUAUAUCUGUGCGAUUAAAUUGUUGCACUUGUGAUUGAUAUUUCUCGACCAAACGAGUCAGGUUUCGCUCGACGCACCGACAAAGCUGCUAGCGCCUAAGCUAACUAGCUAGUGCUUUAACCCUCCAUGUGGCAGCAAUGCAGUUGGAGCGGAGCCUGCGGCCGCUCAUGAAGCACCUCCAGCGGUUCGCGGUGCGCUACGUCUCCUUCGUGCUGCUGGUUUAUCCCGCCGCCCUACGGCCCGGUGAGGCGUGCGAACGGGGGGGAACCAGCACCGACACCCUCAUACUGUGCCGGGCGUGCGGACACGAGCUGGCGCACGGCACCGACAUUCACUUCGUCCCCAGCCGGCUGGCGCUCUCCAGCCGCAACGACACGCUGGUCGGGGGCCGAAGGGUUAACGUCCAGCUCCUGGAGAACCCCCACGGGCACCGGUUCGAGGUGAUCACGUUCAGGAGGGCGGAUGUCACCCAGCACUGGCCGGCGGACAAACACUUCUCCUGGUUCCCCGGGUUCUCGUGGACAGUGGCCACCUGUCCUCGGUGUAAUACUCAUUUAGGUUGGGCCUUCCAGCCCACCAACUGGCCCGACACCAUCACAAAAACCGCCUUCGAGGACUCUGAGCUGACGUUCUUGGCUUUAAUCACCCAUCGACUCCUAAACGAAGACUUUGCAUCGAGCCUCCUAAUGACUCCCAAGUCCUUCGUGAGCUGAUGGACUUUUUGGCUUUUAGCGCAGAUCGAUCCCAGGUGCCUUCGCUGCUCCCUAAAAAGUUUAUUUUUCAAAUAAAUGAUUUCUACGCACCCA